GAAACCACUACAUCGUGCUCUCUCUCUCUCUCUCUCUCUCUCUCUCUCGCCCUUUGCGCGACCUUUGCUUCCCGCAGAAUCCGGUGAAUGCUGUAACUUCCUCCCAAAACCCACCAAGGGGUUCUGGUUCUUCAGUAGGGAUCUCCCAGAUGUUUCAUUCGGGACGACGAACUGGGUGAUUACGGAUACUUGAAGUGGGUCGGCUGACUUCGGACGCCAUACUGGGCGGAGGGACGAAGGAUGGACAUAACGGAGGCGUCGAUCGUGCAUCACUUAGCUUUGGUACUGCUGCUGCUUUGGGUUCUUGUGCAGUUGGGCUGGUCACACCCCGUCCUCUUCUUCCUGGCGCUGUUGUAUCUCUACAAGGUAAAUGCAUACUAUACGUUGAGAUUGCAGAAGCGAUUGCAGUUUGAGGAAAGAAAAUAUGCCAACCAGCGAAGACUUCUCUCAGAUACAGAAUCAGUUAGGUGGUUGAAUCAUGCUAUUGAGAAGAUAUGGCCAAUAUGCAUGGAACAUAUUGCUUCCCAGCAGUUUCUUUUGCCAAUCAUACCAUGGUUCUUGGACAAAUUCAAGCCCUGGACUGCUCGGAAAGCAGUUUUGCAUCAUCUUUACUUGGGUAGGAAUCCACCUAUGUUUAGUGAUCUAAGAGUUCUCCAUCAGUCAGGAGAUGAUGACCACUUGGUUUUAGAAUUGGGGAUGAGUUUUCUUUCAGCAGACGAUAUGAGUGCAAAACUUGCAAUUCGGCUAAGGAAAAGAUUGGGAUUUGGCAUAAAGACAAACAUGCAUAUAACCAGUAUGCAUGUGGAGGGCAAGGUUCUGGUGGGUGUGAAGUUUCUCCGACAUUGGCCUUUUCUUGGACGAGUUAGGGUAUGCUUUGUGGAGCCCCCGUACUUUCAGAUGACUGUAAAACCAAUAUUUGGACAUGGACUAGAUGUUACUGAACUACCUGGGAUUUCAGGAUGGCUAGAUAAAUUGCUGGAUGAUGCAUUUGAGCAAACAUUGGUUGAGCCAAACAUGCUGGUUAUUGAUGUGGAAAAGUUUGUUUCAGCUCCUGAAGAAUGUUGGUUCACUGUCGAAGAAAGGUCUCUUGUAGCACAUGUGAAGUUGGAGAUGUUAGAAGGGGCGGACAUGAAACCAUCAGAUCUGAAUGGACUUGCUGACCCAUAUGUAAGAGGACAACUUGGUUCUUACCGAUUCCAGACAAAGAUCCAAAGGAAAACGUUGUCUCCAAAGUGGUUGGAGGAGUUCAAGAUUCCCAUCAAUUCAUGGGAGGCACCUAAUGUACUUGUUCUUCAAGUUCGUGACAAGGAUACCAUUUUUGAUGACAUGCUUGGAGAUUGUUCAGUAAAUAUCAAUGAUCUGAGGGGCGGACAAAGGCAUGACAUGUGGAUGUCACUACAGAAUAUCAAAAUGGGUAGGAUCCACUUGGCAAUAACUGUACUUGAAGAGGAACUACAGAAGGAGCCAAAAGAUCUCAGCAAUGAUGAAACUUCGAAGACGAUGGUACCAAUGCCAGGCACAUUCAAUGAAAAGGCUGAAGAUCUUAAUACUGAAGAAUAUUCUAUGAUGACUGAUGAGUUCGAGCCCAUUAAUAUUAAGGGGCUAGAAAAGACAGUAGCAUGGAUACAUCGGCCUGGUGCUGAUGUCUCCCAAACCUGGGAGUCCCGUAAAGGGCAUGCUUGGCAUUCUGAGGAGCUCCAUCAGGUGGACAAAGUCUACACUAAAAGCCCAAGUCCAUCAUCGUCCAGGUCUGAUCAAAGUGACACCAGUAGUAAUGAAGAAAUUGUUGGUGGAAAGAAAGUCCGACUUAAAACAAUCAGAAGAGGCCUGCACAAGUUGAGUUCUGUAUUUCAUAGAACUCGGAAGCAAGGAAGUCCCAAGGAGUCUCAAGAAGUUACUCCCACACCACGACCCAACCUUCCACCACUUGGUGAGAAGCGGGCAUCAAGAAAGAUCACAGUGCCUGACAGCUUUGAUGAAGAUAAUGAUGAGCCCGAGCCAGAUGAGGAGAGAUGCAGCUCUGUCAUGGACAAGGGAGAAAGCCCAGGCAAUGGCGAAACUCCCCAGACUCCAAAGAACUUCAUAAGCAAGUCAUCCAAGAGUCUAAAGAUCACGCCGAGCAGGGAGACUUCCAACAUGCUGAAAGAGGUUCAGUCAUCUGGAGCUGAAGACAAAGAUGAUUCUCAGGGAACCAACUUGUCAAAUGAUGCUUCGGUGAAUGAUCCACUUGUCUCAGCAGGAUCUCCAACAAGUAUUUCUGCAUGUACCGACAACGAUAAGGUAAACACCAGUGGUCCUGUCCAAACAAGCCAGGAUGACAGGUAAGACACCAUGAAGUAAAGCUAAUACAGCAAAAUUGCUCAGAUUGUCGUAUUUGGUUCUUGGGGAGGACCAAAGUAUAGUUGGAAAAGUUUGUGUGCCAUAUGUUGAUACUUAAACAAGUGAUAGGAUACAUGUCUUCUUGAGGGCUACUUCGAAUCGGAAAUCAUUAUCCUAUAUAUUGCUUUAUGCUUGUUAUAGAGUUGAUACUUAUUUUGGCACUGUAUAUCUGUUUUACAC